AAGAUUCCCAAACCAAGGAAGGAGGAUGAGUGGAACCGCCAUUGGAGGAACCCUAUUUAUUUUUAUUUUUUUCUUGUUCCUGGCAUGAAAGAGGAAUUGAGGAGUGAUCAGUGAAAAGGCCAGAAUAAGACGCUGAAUCAAAUUCGGGGACAAAAUGCUGAGGCUCGCUUGCAAAAGACUUACCGGAAUCGCGCUGCGGGAGGCGCCGACAUCCCAGCUUCUGCCUCGGUUUUACCACGAGAGGGUUGUUGAUCACUACAACAAUCCCCGGAAUGUUGGAUCCUUCGAUAAGAAUGACCCCAACGUGGGCACGGGCUUGGUUGGUGCUCCGGCUUGUGGGGAUGUUAUGAAGCUUCAGAUUAAGGUUGAUGAAGAGACCGGUAAGAUUGUUGAUGCUCGCUUCAAGACCUUCGGCUGUGGGUCCGCCAUUGCCUCUUCCUCUCUAGCUACGGAAUGGGUAAAGGGAAAGCAAAUGGAAGAAGCUCUUUCCAUUAAAAACUCGGAAAUUGCGAAGCAUCUUUCACUUCCGCCAGUUAAGCUUCACUGCAGCAUGCUCGCUGAGGAUGCCAUUAAAGCAGCUGUGAAAGACUAUGAAACUAGGCGUGCUAGUGGAAAUGGUGGUAAAAAUUCUGCUUCUGGAGAGAAGGCUGCCCCUGCUUGAUUAUUCCACGCGUAGAAUCGUGAUGAAUACAGCCAUACUAGUGGCUUUCUAGUAGUGUUAAGUAGGUUGUGUUUCUUGGCAGGUAUGGGAGCUAGUCAGCUAGGUAUCUUAAUAUGGAGUAAAUAAUUUAGUGCUGUCUAUGCUUCGAUGCCUUUAUGGGCUUUGGCUUUCAGCAUUGUGUUAAUAAUCAAUAAUCAACUCGCUGCCCAUGAAAUAAAACAGCUCAACAAAAAGUCAGGUUGCGUGAAUGAAUUAACAGAGAUUUAUGUUGUGGUCUUGAAACAACAAUGCUGUAAUUGAUUAAUGAGUAUUGAAAUUGAGAAUUGACAAUUGAGUACUUCAAUUGCUCUAUAUCAAUAUGUGAUUAAAAAUUC